CAUCUGCACGUUAAAGGUUUGGAUUGUGGUACCGUAACUGGGAUGGAGACGGUUUGGAAAGCCCAGGCGCGCCGCUGGCUGGGGUUUCUCUUCGUUCUGGUCUGCCUCACACAAAGUGUAACAGGUGUGGUAGACGUCACCAUCGUCAGUAAGUACCAGUUCUUUGGUGAAUCCGAGGACACCCGGCUGUACUGUUACUACACGGGUAGUUACAUCAGCCAGAACGGGUACCAGUUCGGUGUAGAAGUUGACACUGGCGCAGGAACAACAUUUCAUAGUCAGAGAGGAACUACCAAGGUGUCAGGAGUAUGGUGGAGUACGAAUAUCUUGGUUAGAGCUGGUGACUUCCGGGUUGGAGCAUUCUCCUGUCUAGUAAGCGACGGAAGUCAAACAGAGAAGGCCACCACCUUCAAAAUGAAAUCAGAGGCCGAUGUCUGGCCAGUGGCGUUCACAGUAACCGCCAGCCUAGGAGACCCCGUGACGCUACAGAUGGUGCAGAAGUCCGGUAGAACCGGUACUCUGGAGUGGAGGAAGGGCGGGGUCGGAGGGACUGCCCUGACUGGACAGAACGGACUCAGCCUGACCAUAGCCAGUGUCCAGUCUUCAGACGAGGGGAUCUAUGAGUGCUACUAUCAGGGGGACACUGAUAGAAAACAGGGCAUCAUGAGGCUCAUUGUCAGGGGUGUCCCAGCUGGCUGA